UGUUGGCGUGGUGCCAUCAUCACAUCCAGCAGCUGGUGUCGUCGGUGUAGUCUGCAUCGGUUUGUAACAUCAGUAGCUAGUGAGACAAAUCAACAUGGAUUUUAACGUGAAGAAAUUGGCCUCAGGUGCCGGACUAUUUUUCACACGAGCUGUCCAGUUCACAGAGGAGAAGUUGGGCCAGGCGGAGAAGACUGAGUUGGAUGCCCACUUUGAGAGCCUGAUGAGCCGCGCAGACUGCACCAAACUCUGGACUGAGAAGAUUUACAGACAGACCGAGGUCCUGCUGCAGCCAAAUCCAAUCGAUCACACUGGUGCCAGAAUUGAGGAAUUUCUUUAUGAAAAGUUGGACAGGAAGGCACCAUCCAGAAUUACCAACGCAGAGCUGUUGGGUCAAUAUAUGCAGGAUGCAGCGAAGGAAUUUGGUCCUGGCACUCCAUACGGUAGCACUUUGAUCGAGGUGGGUGAAUUUGAGCGGAGAUUAGGAGCAGCAGAGAGGGAGUUCCUACAGACAUCAGCAAUCAGCUUUCUCACCCCGCUCAGGAACUUUCUGGAAGGAGACUGGAGGACCAUUUCAAAAGAACGCCGCCUUCUGGAGAACCUUCGCCUGGACCUGGACGCCUGCAAGGCCCGUCUGAAGAAGGCCAAGCAGGCCGAGGCUAAAGCUGCUUGCGAGGGUGAAAUGGCUCCAGACUUCCAGGAGACUAGACCUCGUAACUACGUGCUUUCUGCAAGUGCUUCUGCGCUGUGGAGUGAGGAAGUGGAAAAAGCUGAACAUGAGCUCCGAGUGGCCCAAACAGAGUUUGACCGCCAGGCAGAGGUUACACGGCUGCUUCUGGAGGGCAUCAGCAGUACACAUGUCAACCACUUGCGCUGCCUGCAUGAGUUUGUCGAGGCCCAAGCAGCGUACUACAAGCAGUGUCAUUUCCACAUGCAGGAGCUACAGAAAGAGCUGGGAAGGCUCCCCAAUGCUUUUGCACUGAACUCGACUCCCUCCAUGGUUCCUGCUGGCUCAGCAACAGACGGGGACAGCACUCCCGUGGAGACAGACACUCUGAAGAUUGAGGAAGUUCAGGCACCAGCUACGGGAACCCGCAAGGCCAAAGUCCUUUAUGAUUAUGACGCUGCUGACUCAAGUGAGCUCUCCCUUUUAGCUGAUGAGCUCAUUACAGUUUACACAGUGCCGGGAAUGGACUCUGACUGGCUGGUUGGAGAGAGAGGGAACCAGAAAGGAAAAGUGCCUGUCACAUACCUGGAGCUGCUCAGCUAAAGAACACACACACAUGCUCACACACUCUAACACACACACACACACACACACACACACACACACACACACACACACACACACACACACACACGUGCAUGUGCAUGUGUGUGAGUGUGUACAACAAAAAGCCAUGAAGAUUUUUCAUUCACCUUAAUUAUUUCACACUCUCACACUAACCUGUAACCUUCAGUGUUAGGUUUAACACACACACACACACACACACACACACACACACACACACACACACACACACACACACACACACACACACACACACACACACACUGACAGCAGGGAGAAUGGAGACAUUGUUACAGUGAGAAGAGGAAAAUCCCAGAGGGGAAAGGUUAACAUUCCUUUUAGAUUCGUUUUCUGAUUUAUUAUUAUGAAGACUUUUUUUUUUCCUUCUAUUUAUUUGGUAUUUAUUGUUGUGCAUCCAAAAGGUUCAGGUGUAACCUUUACACUGUCGGAUAUAUUGAGUGUUCAAAUCCUGUUCUGUUUCUAAAGAAGUCUCCAUCCCUGAACAUGAUGUGGCCUCUUACAUUUUAAAGAAAUACAACAUCCAGAAAUCACAGGAGAGAACUGCAGCCUGGCAAGAGAGAGAGAAAAAUGUGAGGGGGGGAGGACAUUUUUUAUUUCUUUAUUUUGGAUCUGACAAUAACAGAGACUCUUAAUAUAUAAUUAUAUAUUAAUAAAAAACAAAAUCAAAGCACAGAGCUGAAAUAUUGCCAACAAUUGAAGAGAUUUCAGGAUUUGAAAUGUUGAGAAUAAAGUUAAACCGUCAGCCCGUUUAGGAUGUAAAUGAAGGUGUUGGAGGAAAACUUGUUUUUGUCUUUUUUUUAAUUCUCCUUUUAUUCUAAUCGUCUUUGUCACCUGAUUAUUGAAAAGCAGAGUGAAACCAUCUUCCUCCUCUCGUUGUUUUUGUCUGUCUUCUUGUGCCGGGCACCAACAUGCCUCCAUUUAAAAAAAAACAAAAAAAACGAAACACUUUGUUGCACUGAUCCUUUCCUGAGUGAAGAACUGUUAAAUGAUUUUGUCUUUAUAGAGGUACGUUCAAAACAAACGUUCGACGCCUCCUCUCCCCGUUAAAGGGGCGAUGGUGGGUCGAGAUCCUUCAGAGUAGUUAUUUGAAUAGCGUGCAUCUCUGUAUGACACACACCUCUGAUUGAAGACGUGUGAUGAUUGUGACCUCAUCAUGACAAAUGGCUCCUUCAUGCCCCUCAUGCCUCUUUAUUUAAAAUGCAUAAAGAAAAGCUUGAAAUGUAGUGUUGUAGAACUCCAAAUCGGUCUUGGUCUCAAGACCACUUUUUGAAGGUCUCGAAAUUCAUUUUUACUCGGUCUUGUCUCGGUGUCAGACUGGAUGGACUCCGUAUUUUAUAUCCAGACCCGUCAAGGCCACCUCUGUAAGGCUACUUUUCCCCGUCAUUUCUGUGAUUAGAAGGAAGACGCCUCUUUCUUAAAGAACCAGUAACUUUAAUUAAUUUGUAGUUUGAUUAUUUCCCAACCAGUUACAGCCACAACCUUCCCGUUGUUAUGGUCAAAGUGAGUGACACGCCCAGUGCACACAAGAUGAGGAAUUUUCAGAGACAUUUUUAGUCUUUAUCUUGUCUCAGUCUCGGAGCUCGCUGGUCCCGGGUAUGUCUGGUCUUGGUUAGUGUGGUCUUGACUCCAACACCAGCUCACUGACGUGGCUGAAAUUCUGUUCUUCUCUUUUUUUCGUCCGGCAUGACGUGAACAGAGUUUCAUUUCUGUGUUUGGUAUUUUUGUUUUGAUUCCCAACCAAAGAAAUUCAGAGCCGACAAACAGGACAGACGUAAAACAGUAUGUUUUGUCCGCCUGGGAGCAGCUUUGCCUUAACUGCUAACAGACGUGAAUGUAAUCUGUAAAUUCAAGUGUGUCGACGCUGCAGCAGGAGGAACAUCCAUACCAACAGUUUCACUUCAUUUAAUGUUCAUCCAUCUCUUCUUAUUAAGACUUUUAUUUUUUUAUUAUUCAUUUAUUUGAAUGUUUUUUCUUUUUUUUUUUGCCUCCAAAAAGCUUUCAGCGAUGGAGUCAUACAAGUGAAUGAUGAAGUGAAAGUGGAAAUCUGAAGAGAAACGUAUACAAGAAUAAAGAAAUGUGAAAAUAAAGACAAAUAGUCUAAUAUCAUAGAAUCAUUAUGAUUAUCAAUCAUUAAAUGUUUCUGUUUAGACCUAAAGUUUAAAGGAUUUAUCUUCUUAUACAUAUGUAUAAAUGUACUGCAGUUCAAUGGCAUGAUUUUAUUCCGGUUACAUUUCUUUAUUCUUUGAUUUCAGGGCCGGGAUCGGAUUUGAACCCGUGGCCACUGAGACGAGGACUACAGCCUCUGUACAUAGUGCACCCUGAUAAAUAUAAAUAUAUUUCUAACCACUUUAAAAUGUACAAUACCGAAGCCCUGAGUGAAAAUGCAUCAAUAUAAGAAAAUACAACAAAACUGUUUUUUUCCAUGACAGUUUAAUUUAAUUUAAUUUAAUUUGAUUUAAUUUGAUUUAAUUUACUUAUUAACAACUACAUUUUGGCUCUUUUCUUUAGAUCUCAAUUAAUGUUUUCUUGUUAUAUCAGGAUAAUAAUGGUGGUUUCAUGAUGUGGAGAAAACUACUGAAGGAAAACAGAGCUCAAUCAAAUCUAUGCAUGUAUGUGUUUGUAGGGCUUCAGUAAUCUAACCAUAUGUCGUUUCCUUUUUAAAAUGCUUUAUUUCUACAUUUUGUAAUUUCACUCUUUCACUGACUUCUCUUCAUUUUUCCACCUUCAUUUCUUCUACAUAUUUAUUAUGACUCCAUAUCCAACAAGCACUUCAGCAAACACACACCAACACGCUCUCGUCCUAACUGCCUUAAGAUGAUGGGUGGGAUGAUCUGCUGCACUCUGAGCGCGUGCUCUUCACUCCUAAACGUCCACACGACAAACAGCAUGCAGCACCGUUACUCCUCUCAUCCCGUGUGUGUGGGUUUGCGGGUUUGCCCUGGAGUGUUAUUUGAAUUUUCCUGUUUUUUCCCGUCUGCUGCUGUUUCGUCUGCUAAUUCUUUGAAGUGUCUUCAGUCUUCGUGCUGCAUGUGCUACAGCGUGUAGCCUGUCCAGCUGGACCUGUGUGUGUGUUUACGAUGAUACAUGUAGCUGUAAGUAUGUUUGUGUGAGAGGUCAGGAGCACUACUCUCUCUCUCUGUCUCACAUCCAGUAUGUGUACAUGCAUGCACUCUGUCAAUUUUCAAACUUGUUUUUUUUUUUUUUGUUGUGUGUUUGUGUGAAAUGAGCACGUGUGAAAACACAAAAGCCUGCUUACAGAGGAGACUUGUGUUAAUAGUUGUCUUACCUGCAGUCGUCAUGACGAGCAAGUCAGAAUGGGUUCUCCUUAUUUUAUUGCUUCCUGCUCUCUCGUCUUGAGCUCAUUAUUUUCUUUGACUGAUGCUGUUGUGUUUUGUUUGUUCUUUAUCUUGUAUUAUUAUUUUGUCCAAUAAGUAUUGCCUGCUCUUUAAUGCUGAGUGAGAGAAAUGUUUGGGAUUUAAUAAAAAAAAAAAAAAAAGAUGUCUGAUUUA